GGCUACAAGGCCCCUCCUGCUGCCUUCCAGGAAAGCAGGCCCAGCCCCUUCUUCAUUCACAUGCUCAACAUGGCGGCUGCUGCUGUUGCAUUGGCUGGGUCGCUGCGGAGGUUAUUGAAACCCUCGGCUGCCUGGAGCUCCACUUUCCCCUUCCAGAAGGUUUGCACUUCUGCCCCUGGACGGUGCCUACCUGUGUUGGCAGCUGCAGGCAGGCAGAAGAAGAACGCCAGUGGAGCACCACCUUUUCCUCGGCACCAGUUCAGCACCAGUUCUUCAAGAUUUGUUCCUGCUGUCACUCAGCAUGCUCCUUAUUUUAAGGGUACUGCUGUAGUUGAUGGGGAUUUCAAAGAGCUGAGUUUAGAUGACUUUAAAGGGAAAUAUCUGGUUCUCUUCUUCUACCCUUUGGAUUUCACUUUUGUAUGCCCGACAGAAAUUAUUGCUUUCAGUGACAAAGCAAAUGAAUUCCAUGAUGUGAACUGUGAGGUUGUUGGUGUGUCAGUUGAUUCUCACUUUUGUCACCUUGCCUGGAUAAACACACCACGAAAGAAUGGUGGCUUAGGCCAUAUGAAUAUCCCUCUUCUAUCAGAUAUAACAAAACAGAUCUCCCGAGAUUAUGGCGUGCUUUUGGAAGCACCUGGUCUUGCAUUAAGGGGUCUCUUUGUCAUCGAUCCUAAUGGAAUCAUCAAGCAUUUGAGUAUCAAUGACCUCCCUGUUGGUCGCAGUGUGGAAGAAACGCUUCGCUUGGUAAAGGCCUUCCAGUUUGUAGAAACACAUGGAGAAGUCUGCCCAGCAAAUUGGACACCAAACUCCCCCACGAUCAAGCCAAAUCCAGAAGGAUCAAAGGAGUAUUUUAGCAAAGUCAAUUAAUAAGAUCAUGAACAAUAAAGAGUUAGUAUCCUGUUUCCUUGAACCAGAAGCUAAUCUCCUGCGAGAGCAGGGUUUGAUUGUAAUAAAAUCGCACAAUUGUUUUAAUAUUUGUUCUGAUGAAAAGUUGAUCUAUUUUGCAGAAUUGUGGGGAUGAUUCUUUAGCCCCAAUAGGUUAAAGAAGCACUGGAGUCUUGAGUGCCUCCUACAUGUAAUAGCACUAGAAGAAUAUGUUUCUCAUUUUCUCAUUUGAAAUGUCUUGAUGCAAAGUAUUAUACUAACAUUUCUAUUUAAAAAUUUGGUUCACGCUUUAAAAACAUGCAGUAGGCUUGGUACACAAGAGCAACUUAGAGAAAGAAGUAAACUAUUGCUGAAAAACUAGUUUUUGCAUUUACCCUCUUUCAGGUGCUCUUAACAGAUGGAAGUCCCAUUCGUGGCUUCUGCUUAACAAGUUUAAUGCUUGUUUUAUCCACCUACUAUUUUUAUUGUAUUACAUCAGAGUGCUGUAUGGCCUGAGGACCCCACAUGGUUUUCUUAUGAAUAGUUCCAUCUGAAUUUAUUGCCCACCUUUUCUGUAGACACAGUCUACAUGGGUGGAGCAAAUUCACAUAUAGAUGUAUGUUCAACUGAUCCAAGAUGACACAUGUUCUGCAAAUUGGUUCUUUGCAUUUAUAAAUGCACGGUGUGCCAUAUCAGUCCCAUACCGUACUAAAUGUAGAACCAAUGCAUUAUGUUGCCAUGUGAAUUGUCCUUGAAAUUAGAGCAAGGAAGUCUUUAGCCACAUGCCACUAUAAUGCAUAAUAAUAAUAUAUUGGAAUAGUUUGAGGGGUUAGUUUAAUUUAGAAAUAAACACAAGAAGCUGUGAACCAAAGUCCUUUGUUGGUAAUGCUCAAAUAACUUUCAUUAUUUUUUAUCAACUUUGUUUAGUGCUGCUUUGGCUGUGGACUUUCAGAUGUACCAAUGGGUUAUUAGUAAUUAUGUAGAAGAUUCAUUAAUGAUUCUGUGAAUUAAAAGUGCUUAUUUCUGAAAACAUCCAAAAGUGCCUCUGUGAAAUUAUGCAACAGUGAAUUAAAGAACUCUAGAACAAAA